GCUAGAGCCCGAGCCACGAUGACGCCAGCCAAUCCCAGAGAAAGGCGCCAAACAACGGGAACGGAACAGAGUGCCAAUAGCAAGUCUCUAUCCCCGUUCGUUCCAGAUAUCUGCUGGUGGUUAAGUAAGGUCGCCGAGCCCAGGAUAGGAAAGAGUGCGCACACAAGCUUACCUUCAUGAAACACGUACAUGGGUGACGUGGUUUUGAGUCCAAUCCAAUCUUUGCAUUUGACAUACAUUCGCAGCGAGAUAGUCCGGGAGACUUUCCCAGUCCCAAUUCUUCACGUACGCAACUACACGCCGAAGCAGAGCAAUGGCCGCAAACCAGUCGCCGCCAGCAGGAGGCACGAUCCUCGUGACCGGCGCCAACGGCGGCCUCGGCUCCUCCGUUGCAAGCCAGGUCGUCGCGGGCAAGGUCUUCGACGGCACCUACCACGGGCUAUUCCUCGUGCGCGACGCGGCAAAGGCCGCCGCCCUCAACGCCAUCCUCGCCAGCGCAACUCGCCGGGGGGGAAACAACACCGUGGUGUCGGUGGACCUGUCCUCUCUGGCCUCGGUCCGCGCCGGCGCCGCGCAGAUCAAGCAGCUCGUCGACGCGGGAAAGAUCCCGCCGCUCCGGGCGAUGGUCCUGGCCGCAGGGUACCGCGAGGUGAGCAAGCAGACGUUCACCGAGGACGGGUUCGACGCCACAUUCCAGAACAACUACCUCGGCGAGUUCCUGCUGGUGCUCUUGCUGCUGGGCAGCAUGGACCGGGAGAAGGGCCGGGUGGUGAUUGUUAGCGGGAUGAACCACGAUACUGAAGAUCCCCGCAACGAGAUAGAGGGCGCCUUCAAGGACCCAAAGUACAAAACGCUCUUCCACUCUGCCGAGUCUCUGGCCAAGGGAACUUUCUGCUCCUUCACGGACGACCCGUCCCCAAUGUCGGGCCAGCGGCGGUACGGGGCUGCGCAUCUGUGCGAGGUCAUGUUUAUGGUGGAACUACACACGCGGCUUACCAGCCAGCCCUCGGCCCUGUCAAACAUCAAGGUCGUGUCCUACGACCCGGGCGCCAUGCCCACGCAAAUCACGCGCGACGACCCCUCCUUCAUGACGAGGGUGGUCGCGAUGCAGUUCAUACUGCCGCUGCUGGCCCCGGUGCUCACGUGGCUGUGGCCGAACGGGUACCUGCGGAGCAAGGCCAAGGCGGCGCGGGACACGCUUUUCGCUGCCGGGGUUAGCGCCGGGGGCUUUGGUGGAGCGUAUGGUGAUGGCCAGGGAGGAGUAAAUCUGAACGGCAGUCUUGUGUGGCCGGUGAGCAAGGAAGCCAAGGACGAGGCGAAGCGGGCGGAGCUGUGGCGGGAGAGUGUCAAGUGGUGUGGGAUCAAGGAGGGGGACACGGUGCUGGAGAACUGGCAGUAGUGGCGGGUACUGAGAUGCCAUGUUGUUACAGAGCCUGAGACUGACCUGGACUUUGCCAUUGAAUCGGAUCGCGUGAUGAGGUCAACGUGGUGGAGGCAGCGCUACAGUGUGCAGUCUUGACCGUCCGUGCAGUAGGGCGACGGUAAGCACUGUGCCGUGCUCCCGCCACGGAAGGCAUGCUGGAGCUGGAAUGCCUCA